UUAAUCCUUCAACCUAACAGCUGCUUGUGAGAUUAAGAUGGAGGAGCAGAUAGAAACCGUACUGAUAGAGACAAAACUAGGAACUCUGAAAGGCAGAACUCAAACUUCUGCAUUUGAUGGAGAGAAAUACUACUCUUUCCGAGGAAUUCCCUACGGAAAGCCACCUGUCGGAGAACUCAGGUUCAAGGCCCCUCUGCCCUAUGGUGGAUGGACAGGCGUGAGAGAUGCAUUGGAAGACGGACACGACCCUAAGCAGCGUCUGCUCCUGCGACUCCCAGGGACUGACCCCAACAAGGAAACUGAUGGAGAAGAGGACUGUCUCUAUCUCAACAUUUACAUAAAGCAGCUGCCAGAGAAGAGUGGUCUCAAGAAGCCAGUGAUGGUCCACAUCCACGGAGGAGGUUUUGCUGGGGGAUCUGGAGGCUCAAAGGCUGCAGGACCAGACUACUUCAUAACAGAAGACAUUGUGUUGGUGUCCUUGAACUAUCGAUGUGGAGCGUUUGGCUUCCUCUCUUUUGAAAAUGAAGAGGUUCCAGGCAACGCAGGACUCAAGGACCAAACAUUAGCUCUCAGAUGGGUCCAAGACAACAUUGAUAGUUUCGGAGGAGACUCAAACAAUGUCACCAUCUUUGGUAUCAGUGCAGGAGGUGCUUCAGUGCAAUACCAUCUGCUGUCUCCUCUGUCUAAAGGUUUGUUUCACAAAGCUAUUAUCCAAAGUGGGUUUUGUCAGGAUCCAUGGGCUUUUCAACCAUCACCAAAAAAAGUUGGAAUGAAACUUGCGAAAACUUUAGGUUGUACAUCAGAUGAUCCUCAUGAAGUAUUUGAAUUUCUGAAGUCUAUUCCAAGUGAUGACAUUGUUAAAGCUACAGAAGUAUUCAUCAAGGAUGAGGACUACAUAAUGUUGGUCGGAUUAGUGUUCUCUCCUUGCGUAGAGGUUGCUGGAGAUGACAAAUUCCUCCCGGACACUCCUACUAACCUAAUGAAGAGAGGAGAAUACAACAAAGUACCAACCAUUCUGGGAGUGUGUGAGAAUGAGGGAUCUGUGUCUGCUUUAUUUAUAAUGAUGUACAAGCUGAGUUUUGACCUCCUCCCCAAUGCAAUGAAUGCCAAGCCAGAAAUACUCGUUCCCCCAUCUUUGGGGAUAAAGCUGGGUAGUAAAGAACAUAAAAAAGUACAAGAUGCAAUCAAGGAGUUCUACUUCAAAGGAAAAGCUGUGAAAAACAUUGAGGAAUUACUUGCUUUUGAGAGUGACUACCUGUUUAACGUCGGACUUGGUGAUACCAGGAGGUACUUGUUGUCAAACUCCUCUCAACCUGUAUACUCCUACUUGUUCACGAACCACAAGAACUGUUACUGCCAGUUAUUUGCAUCCAUGAUGGGUCCUGACAAUCCCAUGGCUGCCUUGCUAUCUCGUUCAGAAACUUGCCAUGCAGCCGAUUUUAUGUACCUCUUCAGAACCACCUCCUUCUUGUCAUUACCAGAAUUGACAGAUGAACACAGGGAAGGGAUUUCCAAACAUGUAAAAGCAUGGACUACCUUUGCACGAACUGGAAAUCCAAAUGUGGCUGAAUGUGGAGUGAGGUGGACCCCGGACUCCCAGUCCAGUCCCUGCUACAUGGACAUUGGGACUGACUGGACUGUCAAAGAAGGAGUGCCUUUUGCUGACAGAAUCAACUUUUGGCUGCAGAUCGCAGACAAAUAUUGUUAAUAUAGUUUAAUUGGCAGUUAUGGAAGCUUAAAGAGUAACUAAUCAGUAUUUUUAAUUUUGCUCACAAUUAUUUUCUCAAAAUCUCUCUCGGGCUAUAAUUGAGGGGUAAGUAAGAGAACCCAGUGUGAUGAGACAGUGGCUCUGUGGAUAGUGAGACAGUCUACCAAAUUUAAGGUAGCGAUGUUGUGGGUGCACGACUGCACGUCCCUGUGCCGUCAGUUAAAAUAUAUCAGUGCAGUUCAUUCUUGUAAUGUACCUGCUCCCCAUUUGCUUGAUAAUUUGCAUGCACAUGCAUUUAAGACCUAAUGUCAAUGGCCAAAUUAUAGGUUAAAACAGGCCGCUUUUCUCUUUAAAAAGGAGAGAAAGAACUACAUGCAACUCUCUUAUUUAUUUUCUGCAAGUUCAUGAUGAAACCAUACUGUAAAGGCUACAUGGAAGUUAUAGUCAGCUGUUGAUGAUUGACUAGCUUUGCCUCUUCUAAUAUCCUGUUUGUAAAUACAUUAAAUAAAAUGUUUCAUGGUAAAACAUACUAUUUCUUUUAAUAAUACACCAAAGUUAAUAAACGGUAUCAGCAUUCUGACACAUACUUUCUCCCAUAAGUUUGUCAACAACCUUUAUCAUGUGUAAAACAUAACUUUUGGACCAUUUAACUCAUUUUGAUAUAUUUUCUAUUCAUAUCAGUUCAUAUCUUACAUAUAGAACGUAUAUUAUUUUACAUGUGUUUCUUGUAAGUAUAAUAUCUUCUCUGAUUUAAAUCACAUCACUGACCAUUUCUCUUAAUGCCAAGGUCAAGACAGUAAAACAAAAUUGUUUAUUUUGUCAAGGCUAGAACAUUGCAGGUCUUGUUCUGUAGUAAAUAAACUGUGGUAAUUUACACUGGUAAUACACUGUUGAAAUUUAUUUUUUAUACUAAGCCAUAUCAAUGUUUAUUUUGCAAGCAUUUGGAUAUAUUAUCUUAGAAAAUAGUUUUAGAACUAAUAACUGUAGGGAAUGCUGUCGAUUUUAGAUUGCCACUCUCAUCUGAAAUGACAUACUGCCUUACUUUAUAGUUAAGGUACUCCAUGUAGUAUUGUUUUUGACUUGAUAACAUAAAAUGUUCUCAUUCCUUACAAGAGUUAAUACAAAUAAAAUUCCAAUGAAU